AUGACCGUGCAGCAGAUAAAUGAGUCAGCAAGCAAUGGCUGCAACUGGUGCUCGUACAUCUGGGCUUUCACGUCGAGCGGAGAAGAAACCAGGGAUCCGGGCGAUGUUUUAUCCAUAUAUCUCUGCAAUUUUCAUGCAGAUUACUCCACGCCUACCGGGAAGAACGCAUUUUACCUGAACAUGGAAUGGGUAACCCAAAAAAGCGCUAGAGACCUCGGCUGGGCUCUUAGGCUUCAUGCUUUUACCAACCCCACGAAUCUUGCAGCUCCAUUUGUCACAGCACGAAAACUUCAAACUGAGGUGUAUUCAGAUCCAUCAAGAAAUCAGAUUCAGCACUGGCUUGCCGAAUGUGCCGAUCACAAACAAUGUUCUGGGCAGGUUGAAACGAUUCUCCCUACACGAGUUAUAGAGGUAGCUCCUGCGGGCUCUUCCGACAGACCUCGACUUCUUGUCACUGCCGGCAAGAAAGGAAGAUAUGCAACUCUCUCGUACUGCUGGGGCAGUAACUCAUACGGAGUACUCAACCAGUCUAACGUGAAUAAAUAUAUCCAAGACUUGUGCUUGGAUGCGCUUCCCCAGACGCUUCGCGAUGCUAUCGCCGUUACUAAAAGCAUAUCCAUUCCCUAUCUUUGGGUAGACGCCUUGUGCAUACUUCAAGAUUCCGACGAUGAUAAAUCGCAUGAAUUGUCUAUGAUGUAG